AUGGGCAAGCCUCACUUAACGGGAUAUCUCAUCUUACUCUGCUAUUUGAAGGCAGAUAAAGUACUCAUUCAUGAAAAUAACAACGUUGUGGAAAUUGUGCAGUGUAGGAUGUGCCACCUCCAGUUCCCUGGGGAAAAGUGUUCCAGAGGAAGAGGAAUAUGUACCGCAACAGCAGAAGAGGCCUGUAUGGUGGGAAAGAUGUACAAAAGGGAUGGUACCAUCUGGUUAAACUUCAUGGGCUGCUUAAAGAACUGUGCCAAUGUGAAAAACAUAAGGUGGGGCUCCUAUCUGGUAAACUUCAGGUGCUGCCGGGGCUAUGACAUGUGCAAUGAAGCAUUUUAG